UCAAUUAUACAUUAAUUGACAAUUACAUUGACUUUAACGACACUCAAUAUAGUGAUGUUGAUGUCGGUAACUCGCUUUUACCCGGCCUAAAAGCAGCGUUUGCAAGUCAUAUUCUUAACUUUUACGGUGUUGUAGUGUGUAAACCUGAUAACGUCCAAGCAAUUUGUGGACCUGGAAGCAACCUCUGCUGUAGGUGGGCAAAAGCAUUAUGCGUUAUACGAUUUGAAUGUAAUGAUCCGGUUGGUCCCCCUGUCAAUUGCAGAAUUCAAGGAGGAUUCAAAAACGGUGGAAGUGGAGUUAAUAACGAUCUCAUAAAUAGACUUGCAAUGUACGGAAAUCUCACAGAUGCAUGUCAG